ACUGCCAGUAGCUGCACUCAAGUCUUCGAGAUUCUGAUCUGGCUGAGGAAAGCUGCCCCCUGGUUCCACUUCCAUUCCGUCCGGACGAGAUUUUACCGUACCCGACCAUCCUUGUGCUCAGUUCGCAUCUCUUGGGCCUAUACGGUCACACAAACUUACCAUGGCUUCAGCUCGAAGCUCUGGCGUUAUCGACAACCCAGAGUCUCGGACCCACUCCAAAGCUGCACCGCCCUUCCGAUUCAAGGACUACCCCUGGAGCUACGACGAAUGAUCUGUGAAUUUGCUUUGACUACUGAAUCAAAUACAAUUUACAUCUUCGAAGAGGCUGACAAGCUACGACCAGGCGUGACUUCGACAGGCAUCAUGCCAGUUGGCGGUUUUCGGCAAGCGUUUGCAUCCCAUCAUCGUUACAACGUUGAGCUGCCGAAGCCCUACAACCAGCUACAAUACACAUGCAAAGAACUGUAUAGAGAAGUGCGCGGGAUGGAGUUCCAACAAAACGAAAUUCAAUGCAAUGGGUGGACGUUCGACACAUUCAGAAGUCAACUGCAGACACACCCAAACCAGGCAGCGUGGUACGCCAACGUUCGUCUUGUCACCCUCAUUGGAAACUUCUCUAUCGGCCACCACGUAGACGAAACACUUCUACACGGAAUUCUUAAGUUUGGCGAGACUCAUCCCAAGGCCAUCAUUCGAGUGUGCGUACCAAACUGGAAGUUUGACCAGCAUCUCCAGGGAUUUCUUACUUUUGGUUAUCGAAUUCUUGAAGCUAUUCGUGGAGAAGCUCCUCCCAGUUGGAUCAAAGCGCAUAAGGGUAUGAAGAAGAACUGGCGCCGUGGUAAACACGUCAAGGAUUUGAACAUAGCGAACGUCCGCUUCUUCCCUUCAAACAUGUGGAAUAAGAAGACUGAACCUCAUCUGAUUGUCAAAAUGCUCAAGAAAAAGCAAGCGUGCGUCGAUAAUUUGCUCCACGAGCACGGAUCCAUCCAAAAGGCUGUCGAUUUCAUCGGGAUAUGGGCAUCUGAAGGCAUUUAAUACACUCUCCGUGUCUACAUACACGUUCGAUUCUCACUUUGUCCACUACACCCGCACAUGCUUCUCCUAAAAGAUC